CUCUCUCUCUCUCUCUAAGAACUCGAAUCUCUCUCUCUCUCUCUCUCUCUCUCGCGGUAGAAUUCUCCCAUUCCUGAAAGGAGCUUCCGGCAGUCACCGAUUUCUUUGCAGUGUUCCGAUCCAGUAAGAUACGGUUGUGGGGCAUUCCAUUCCGCCAGAUUUUGCCGUUUUUCCCUCUCUCUCUCUCUCUCUCUCUCUCUCUCUCUCUAAAUUUAGGGUUUCCUCUUCCUUUCUGGUAAUCUCGUUUCGAUUUCAUUUGUUCUUCGAUUUCCGUUGUGUUCUUCGUUCGUUAUUCUUUCUGUAAUCCUUUAUUUUUUGUUUUAUUUGAUCUGAGAAAACCUAAAAAAGAAGAUAAAUUAUCGUAGUUUGUGAUUGUUCUUUCCGGAUAUAUUCGGUGCGGGUGCUUUCUUAGUAAUUUCCCCUUUGUUCACUCGCCUGUGCUUUAAUCUGGGUUUACGUUCUCAUCGAGAAACUCCCUGAAAUUUUGGUGUGCUUUGUUUUUGUUUGCUAUCCGAAACUGGGAGUUUUUUGGUUCUCGCUUUUUUUUUUUUUUAUUGCGGGAUCUUUUCCACUAGUUUUUUUUUUUUUUUUUCCCUCUUAAUUUUGUCAAUCCUUCUUUCCCUUGGCGCCGGAAAUCAAUAGAAAAAUCUUGGGAUAGGGUGUACCUGUAAUGGCCUUGAAUUUUUCAUAUCGACCCAUCUUUCCCGCACAUCUUUCGGAGGAAAAUUCGGUUUCUCCGAUGAGCAUUUCAGGUGGUUUUGUCGUUGAUGGUGCUCCCGAGAGAAAUUCUGACGUUUAUGGGAUGUCCUGGCUGAUUAAUCGGGAGCUAGAGAAUUGCCUUGAUUUUUUAGAGGACACCUAUGAAGGGGGUGGGUCGCGAGAUUGUGUCCCGGGGGAUGUUCUGGAUCUCUUGCCUUCAGAUCCAUUUGGAAUGGAUAUGAGUACCACUUUUACUGCGAUCACUGGCUGGCUGGACGAUCUGAAUGUAGACUAUGGUGGUGGUGGUGGUGGUGGCGGUGGUGGUUCUGGAAGAGAUGAGAGAGUUUUAGUUGAUGAGAGUAAUCAGCUUUUUGCUGGAUUGAACUAUAUUUGGAACAAUGCUUUUAGGCUCCAGUCGUUUCCCCAUGGAAAUGAAGGAAUUGUUCAUAGUUCUGGUGAGCGGGGGGGAUUCAGUGAGUGGUCUGAUGGGAGAAACGUAGGUGGUUUGUCCUGCCAUACUGAUCCUCAAUCAUCAUAUGUUGUGGAUACAAUUCAGACCCUUGGUAUUGAACCUGAAAUUUCUGGAGGGGGAUUUGGUUCGUGGUCCGAUGAAAGAAAUGCAGGUGGUUUAUCCUGCCAUACUGAUCUUGAAUCACCAUUUGUUCUGGAUACAAUUCAAACUCUUGGUAUUGAACCUGAAAUUUCAGGAGGGGGAUUCGGUGCAUGGUCCGAUGGGAGAACAGCAGGCUGUGUAUCUUUCCGUACUGAUCUUGAGUCACCACGACACGUUGUGGAUACGAUUCAGGCUUUUAGUAUUGAGCCUGAAAUUUCUGGAGGGGGAUUUGGUGCGUGGUCUGAUGGGAGAACAGUGGGCUGUGUAUCUUUACGUACCGAUCUUGAGUCGCCACGACAUGUUAUGGAUACAAUUCAGACUCUUGGUAUUGAGCCUGAAAUUUCAGGAGGGGGAUUCGGUGCAUGGUCCGAUGGGAGAACAGCAGACUGUGUAUCUUUCCGUACUGAUCUUGAGUCACCACGACACGUUGUGGAUACAAUUCAGACUCUUGGUAUUGAGCCUGAAAUUUCAGGAGGGGGAUUCGGUGCAUGGUCUGAUGGGAGAACAGCAGGCUGUGUAUCUUUCCGUACUGAUCUUGAGUCACCACGACACGUUGUGGAUACAAUUCAGACUCUUGGUAUUGAGCCUGAAAUUUCAGGAGGGGGAUUCAGUACGUGGUCUGAUGGGAGAACAGCAGGCUGUGUAUCUUUCUGUACUGAUCUUGAGUCACCACGACAUGUUGUGGAUACGAUUCGGACUUAUAGUAUUGAUCCUGAAAUUUCUGGUAGGGGAUUCGGUGCGUGGUCUGAUGGGAGAACAGCAGCCUGUGUAUCUUUACGUACCGAUCUUGAGUCACCACGACAUGUUGUGGAUACGAUUCAGACUUAUAGUAUUGAGCCUGAAAUUUCUGGAGGGGGAUUUGGUGCGUGGUCUGAUGGGAGAACAGCAGGCUGUGUAUCUUUACGUACCGAUCUUGAGUCACCACGACAUGUUGUGGAUACGAUUCAGACUUAUAGUAUUGAUCCUGAAAUUUCUGGUAGGGGAUUCGGUGCGUGGUCUGAUGGGAGAACAGCAGGCUGUGUAUCUUUACGUACCGAUCUUGAGUCACCACGACAUGUUGUGGAUACAAUUCAGACUUUUAGUAUUGAACCUGAAAUUUCUGGAGGGAGAUUUGGUGCGUGGUCCGAUGGGAGAACAGCAGGCUGUGUAUCUUUACGUACCGAUCUUGAAUCACCACGACAUGUUGUGGAUACAAUUCAGAAUUUUAGUAUUGAACCUGAAAUUUCUGGAGGGGGAUUUGGUGCAUGGUCUGAUGGGAGAAGAGCAGGUGGUGUAUCUUGCCAUACCGAUCCCGAAUCACCACCAUAUUCUCUGGAUAUAAUCCGUACUCUUAGUAUCGAGCCCGAAAUUUCUGAGGUGCAACCUGUAGUUCUUGAAGAGGGAAAUUGUGUCUCUUCGGAUGCAGGCGAACCUCCUCAUGCAGCUUUAAAUUUUGUGCUCGGUUAUCUGGGAACGCGGGAACUUCUCGUUAUUGAAUCGGUUUGCAAGUCCCUGCAGUCAACUGCAGAAGACGACCCUUUCUUUUGGAGAAACAUUAACAUAUGUGGAAAGGUGGAUGUGAAAAUUACAGACGACAUUCUCUUAAAAUUGACUAGCAAGGCUCAAGGUGGUCUGGAAAGUCUGAGCCUUGUGAACUGUGUAAUGAUAAGUGAUAAUGGUCUCAACGAGGUUCUUUUCAAUAAUCCUAAGGUCACAAAGUUAUGUGUUCCGGGAUGCACGAGGCUCACCAUUGGAGGCAUUGUAGAUAGUUUGAAGGCCUUCAAGUUGAAAGGUAGACCGGGAUUGAAACAUCUAAGUAUAGCAGGAAUGUAUGGAGUAACAGAAGCUCAUUUUAAAGAGUUGGAGAAGCUGUUAUUAGGAACUGACAACUUGACUCAGCUAAACACCCACGAACCUCGAUUCUAUCGGGGUGGAAUUCAUUUUCCAUCGUGCAACGAUGGACGUGCCAUCGACAUAGAACGAUGCCCGAAAUGCAUGAACAUGAGGAUUGUUUAUGACUGCCCGGUGGUUGGGUGCAAGGGAAUAAAAGAAGGCGACACCGACCCGAACGCGAACGCACAGAGAUGCAGGGGAUGCACGCUUUGUAUAGCUCGAUGCAAUUGGUGUGGACGUUGUAUCGACGAGACAGUACACGAGGAGACGUUUUCUCUGGAUUUGCGUUGCAUUGACUGUGGGAAGAAGAUAUCCAAAUGUGAAUAGCUGCUGGGUAAUGAGUUGCUUAUUAUUAUUUAUUACUAUUACUGAACAAGAUUUUGAUUUAAUAUCCAUUGUUUGUUGUUCAUCUCUAUUCAUUUGGUCCUGAAGGAGUUCUGUAUUAUUUUGAAAUUUGUGUUAAAGUGCUGCACCAUUCAUUUAUCUAUGUUCUUCCUUGUUACAACUUAGAUGUCAUGUUGUUGGGAAGUUUCAAUAAUGAAAAUGAAAUAUAUGAUGUUGGGAA